CAAGAUAAUCCACAAAUGGUAAGACAAGCCGACGAGACCGAUUGGCUGCGCAUUGGUGUGUGUGAUGACGGAGAAUUUACUUUUCGAUUGGCACUCCUGAGUCUGGGACUUUGUCAUGUGAGAUCUUUGAGGUUGAUUUGGAGCAAUUUUAAGAUGGCAUACUUUUCACAAUUGAUCUCUCUUGGACUACAAAAUGCCCGACACACUUUAGUACCCUGCAAUAUUAAUAACUUGGCAAAAGUCUGUGUCAGGCAUGCUUCAAAGAAAAGUAGUGGCAGCACUAGCAAUAAAGGUGGCCAUCCCAGACCAAAACACAGGGGAACGAAAACACAGGAUGGAGCUAGAGUACAUGCUGGCAGGCUAUUAGUCACACAGCGAACAACCAGAUUCCAUCCAGGUCUCAAUGUCGGUUUUGGACGAGAUGGAUCUUUAUUUGCCAUAGAAUCAGGUAAAGUAGUGGUAACUUGCGAGAAAAUUGAUCCUAACUGGGAACACACUUGGAUCCAACGCCACUAUGCAGGCCGUGAAAAUCAAGUGAUAUAUAAGAAACAUUUUAAUGUUAUUCCUAUUCCUCAACAUAAUCGAUUCAAAUUGAUAGACAAGAUAUAAAUAUAUAUGUACAGAAAAUAUGAAAAAAAUUUUGAUUAUUAAAAUCCUAUUAUUGAUAAAUAUAUUGUUAACUGUAUGUUUGGAUAAAAUGAGAUAAAAUUGACUAUUUUUAAUUUUAACAAUUUAAAUGUUGUGAUAGCACUUUUCUAAUUUUUUAAAAUUUAUGGUCACAUAAUAAUUCUUUUAUUAUUAAAUAUUUUUGUAAUAAAAUAAUUUUUUGUUACAUCAGCUAUCUUCUAACGUGCUACAAUCUGUCCAUUGAAAAGAUUGGUAUUUCACUGCAUCUUCUUCUUCGUGAUACGUGGCAAACACCAAUGUUUUUCGAACAUGACAACUGAGUCUACAUUGAUUUACAAUAUUUGUAAUAGGCAUUUCUUCGUCCUUGCGUUUACACUGUACUAUGUAUUGUGAAUGAAACAUUAUUGGAUCACCUGAA